CCGCGGGGAGAAAGCGAGGGGGAUGAGCUCCCAGGGUGGAUCCAGUCCCAUAUCAGACAUGUCAGGUCCUGCAGACUCACCAGGAAAAACUGCAGACCGACUUCACGGUUCAAAGUUCAGCUCCAGUUUUCCUCCUGGUCGCGCCUGAAGUCCGAGUCCAGAGGCUGGUUUCUGGCCCGAGCUCAGAUUUUUCAGACACCCUCAUCACCACCAAGCAUGGGGAACCUGAUCAAGGUGCUAACCAAAGACAUCGACAACAACACCGGAAACUUCUUCCUGGAUUUUGAGAAUGCACAGCCUUCACAGUCGGAGACGGCCGUGUGGGAGAAGGUGAACCAGGUGCUGACGGAGGCCAAGGUUAUUCUGAACGACCUGCAGGCGUACAGAGGAGCGGGGGAGGAGAUACGACAGGCCAUCCAGAGUCCUGGUGUGGAGGGUGUUCAGGAGAAAGCCUGGUCCGCUGUGGUUCCUCUGGUCACCAAACUCAAGACCUUCUACGAGUUCUCCCAGAAACUGGAGUCCAGCCUGAAGUGUCUCCUGGACGUCCUCACCAGCUCUGGCUCCACCCCCACGCAGCACCUGGAGCAGAAGCAGGCGUUGGCCCGGCAGUUCGCCCACAUCCUGCACUUCACGCUGCGCUUCGACGAGCUCAAGAUGACCAACCCCGCCAUCCAGAACGACUUCAGCUACUACCGCCGAACCAUCAGCCGCAUGCGCAUCAACAACCUGUCUCCCGAGUCAGAGAAGGAGGUCAACAACGAGCUGGCCAAUCGCAUGUCUCUGUUCUACGCCAGCGCCACGCCGAUGCUGAAGACGCUGAGCGACGCCACGUCCAAGUUCGUCUCAGACAAUCCAGACGUGCCGAUUGAAAAUACGACAGACUGUUUGAGCACAAUGGCCUGCGUGUGCAAAGUGAUGCUGGAAACACCAGAGUAUCGCAGUCGCUUUGCCAGUGAGGAGACGGUUCUGUUCUGCCUCCGUGUGAUGGUUGGAGUUAUCAUCCUGUACGACCACGUCCACCCGGCCGGAGCUUUCGUUAAGACUUCCAACAUAGACAUGAAAGGCUGCAUCAGAGUGCUGAAAGAGCAGCCGCCCAGCAGCGUGGAGGGUUUACUCAACGCUCUCAGGUACACGACCAAACAUCUGAACGACGAGACUACCUCCAAGCAGAUCAAAAACAUGCUGCAGCUGAACUAACGGAUUCUGCUGAACGGGAACGAUUCAGUGAGGUUAAACGGUCCUGGUCCAAAUUUCAAAAGAACUACUGAACAAACUUUUAGCUAACGUUUAACUAUGUGUUUAUUUUCUCUUGUCAGUUCGAUGAUUAAAUGUUUCUUUUAUUUGUUUAAGAAGAAGAAAGGGAGACAGAAACGAUACAAAAAGUAAUGAAAAUCAGCCAUUGUGAUCCGGUUGCGUUCACUUCAUAUCAGAUUUACAGUAAAUCGUUAUUCUGCCCACUAGUGGUCAGUCACAGUAUUACAGUCAGGCUUUGGUUCGUUUCUUUUGCUUUUUAUAAAUUUUCAGGGACAUAAAUGUAGUUCAGUUUCCGAAUGUUGCAUUUUAUUUAACUGGAGAACCAGUAGGAUUCGCUCUUUGAUCAGGCUAGUUAGCAUCAGCCGUACGAGUAGGUCCAGCACGGUGCUACGUAAGAAAACGUAGAAAUACAUUCACUGACGGAGCUAAACUCAUUCAAUGACACACAAACCGACAGAAGUGCAAACAAAUAGUUUAUUCCUGCAAAUGUUUUAGGUCGUUUAAUGAGGUUCAGAAAUCCGACUUCAGGAAGUUUCAGGUUUAUUUUUCUUUCUGGGUUCUUAAAAAUUCCAGCUUAAUCUUCAAAUGGAGCACACCAUCACAACGCUAGCUCCGCAGCGCUCAUUCAGACUGAUAUGAAACAUAAUCUGGAUCCACAUCUUUGUAUUGUUGCUCAUUUAAACCAGUUUCGGUGUUGUGUUCUCUGUCUGGUUGUUUUAACCGAACUGGUCAACAAAUCAAAGCUUUUCUGCUGGACUUCAUCCAGCUGUGCAGGAGAAGGUGAUGCGAGGCGAUACGAUGAUACGAGGCGUUGCAAACCAACUUAAACUGACAGAGACAAACCAAAUUACAAGGUACUGAUGCUGCACCGCCGACAUCUGCAGCGGACUAGCUGCUGAAGAUCCUGACAGCUUUUAGACGUCACCUGACAGAGUUUUCUAAGCUGAUUGUUGGUUCGUCUGGUCAUCUGAUGUGAUGUAAACGCAGCUUUUCUAACUUUCCAGGCAGCUCAGAUCCAUUUGCAUCAGGUCAGGGCUGCAACGCGUCAGAACUAAAUGCUCCUUUUUUCUUUAUCAUCCAGAGUCUGAGGGGGAAAAAGCAUUAAAUUAAACCACAAACUCAGAAUAACUUUGUAUUUUCUAUUCACAGAAUAACUUCAUUUGACACUUUGGACACAAUUUCACAUUUCAUCUUUGGUUUUUUGGUAGUAAAAGUUUGACUCCUCUCUGCACAUCUCACCAUUGUUGUCCUUGUUUUAAAAGCCUAGAAGGUGAGUUUUCAUUACCAGUCACUUGUUCUUAGCAGUGAAAUCCUGCAAAAACACAAAAUUCUCUGCUAAUGGUUGUAUUCACACACAGCUCCUGGUUGAUCUAGUUUCUAGACUAAAAACAGAAAGUGAAAUUAUUGUAGUUUCUAGGUAUGGAAGCAGAGAGCAGACAAAACAAAAAGGUCUUUCUUUAGGCUGUUAUAUACUCCAUGAGAAUAAAAGGAUGUCAUUUCGUUGGGAGUUCUUGCAGCUUGAGGAAUCGACAUUCAGCGUGACCACUCAUGGCUUUCUUAUAUAGGUAUUAACAGAGAAAUCUAAUUUUUAUUAUGUUUUAGUUUCUCUGCUAAAGUAAACAGAGCUGCCUGGAAAGUUAAAAUUCCCCCUAGAAACUGAUCUGGAACAUAAUUGGGUCAAACAUGGAGGCUGAUGAAAGCUAACAGAUCCACUUUGAGGUGGAUGAAGCGGUACUGAUGAGAGGGAAACCUCAGACUGAUGUGGAUUUUAGUUCUCCUGAUGUUUGAGCCGACUGGAAACUUCGGAGCAUUUCAUUUUGCUUUUGUUAUAUUAAUGCUGCAGUAUCACAGAUUGUUCCGCACUGAUUGUUUAGGAUGAUGUAUGUGUACGCAAAUAAAGUUUUUACAUUUUUAAGAAAGAAA